AUGGAGGAAAAUUCCUCAUCCAAUAUUCAACAACUCAUGGCUCUCUUCAAUGGUUCCUUCUCGGAUCAACACCUUAAUCUCCCUCUCGGCCCCAACAAUAUUUAUCCACAGGCUCUUCACUCUUCUGUCUCUCCUAAUUAUGUUCACCAAGAUGUAGAAACGUGGCCUAUAUCAGAAACCUUGCUGGAUUCUUCUCCUCCAUUUUCUGCAACUUCUUCUGCUGACAAGAACAAGAGCCUGGUUAUGAGCAAAAGGAAGAGAAAAAACAGUGACAGACUAGAAUUUGAAGAGAAACCAAAAGACGUCAUCCAUGUAAGAGCGAAAAGAGGCCAAGCAACUGAUAGCCACAGUUUAGCAGAAAGGGUGAGAAGAGAGAAAAUCAACGAGAAGCUAAGAUGUUUGCAAGAAUUAGUUCCAGGUUGCUACAAGACAAUGGGUAUGGCGGUGAUGUUAGAUGUGAUCAUAGAUUAUGUUCAAUCUCUGCAACAACAGAUUGAGUUUCUUUCCAUGAAGCUUACAGCAGCAACCAUGCAUUAUGAUUUCCACGCUUCUGAGUUCAAUGUCACCGAAACCUUCCCGAGGAACGAUAAUAACAGUACUUGGCAAGCCCAAGAGAUGGAGAAGAAUAUGGGAGAAGAAGGCUAUGGAGGGUACUCUUAUUUCAAUCCAACGUGGCCACUUCAUUAAUAUCUUGUACU